GCGGUUAUGCUAAUGUUGUUGAUAUUCUGAGGCUUGGAGAGUUGAAUGUCUUUUUUCUUCCUCUCGCGCUCUCCGUGCGGUGGGCCCCUGUUUAUGGCGUGAGGGGCCAAACUUUCUUCCUCCUCCAUCCUGGCCCGGCCCUUCGGGAAGGGGAGGCGGGCAGAGUCCCGGGGGAGGGAGGCGGGAGGCGGGGAGGAAAGGCCAGCAGGCGCCCGCCGCCGCCGCUGCUCCUGCCCAUGAGGGCCUGAUGGAAAACACAAAGGACCUGACUGAGCAUCCUUCACGGCCAGAAAGGAAGAGACGCGAUUCAUUCGGGAUGUUUGAUGGUUAUGAUAGCUGUAGUGAGGAUACCAGUAGUAGCUCCAGUACUGACGAGAGUGAAGAGGAAGUAACUCCUUUGCCCUCAAGUCUCCCAAUUAUCAAGAACAAUGGACAGGUCUACACUUAUCCAGAUGGCAAGUCUGGCAUGGCUACCUGUGAAAUGUGUGGAAUGGUCGGUGUCAGGGAUGCCUUUUACUCUAAAACCAAGCGUUUCUGCAGUGUUUCCUGCUCAAGAAGUUACUCAUCGAACUCUAAGAAGGCCAGCAUUCUGGCCAGACUUCAGGUAACGGGAAAACCUCCAACUAAGAAGGCUAAAGUGCUUCAAAAACAACCUUUAGUUGCUAAAUUAGCUGCAUAUGCCCAGUAUCAAGCAACGGUACAGAACCAGUCAAAGACUAAAACAGCACCAGUUCCAGUGGAUGGAUUCAGUUGGGGAAACUACAUCAAUAGCAAUAGUUUCACAGCAGCUCCUGUUAACUGUUUUAAACAUGCACCUAUGGGGACUUGCUGGGGCGACAUCUCAGAAGGUGUACGAAUAGAAGUCCCUAACACAGACUGCAACUUACCUACCAAAGUCUUCUGGAUUGCGGGGAUUGUGAAAUUAGCAGGUUACAAUGCUUUAUUAAGAUAUGAAGGCUUUGAAAGUGACUCAAACCUUGACUUCUGGUGUAAUGUCUGUGAUGCUGAUAUCCAUCCAGUUGGCUGGUGUGCAACCAGUGGGAAACCUCUAGUGCCACCUCGAUCUAUUCAACACAAAUAUACAAACUGGAAAGCUUUCCUGGUGAAACGACUAACUGGUGCCAAAACUCUUCCUCCUGACUUUUCUCAGAAGGUGUCAGAAAGCAUGCAGUAUCCCUUCAAGCCUUCUAUGAGAGUCGAGGUUGUUGAUAAAACCCAUCUCUGUCGAACACGGGUAGCAAUUGUAGACAAUGUAAUUGGAGGCAGAUUAAGAUUAGUAUAUGAAGACAGUGAAGACAAAACAGAUGAUUUCUGGUGCCAUAUGUACAGCCCACUUAUCCACCCUAUUGGUUGGUCUCGAAGUAUAGGACAUCGGUUCAAAAGAUCAGAUAUUAUAAAGAAACAGGAAUCCCACUUGGAUGCACCUCCACAUUUAUUUAUCAAGGUAAAAGAAACUGAAUCAAGUGGAGAAUGGUUCAAGGAGGGAAUGAAAUUGGAAGCCAUAGAUCCAUUAAACCUUUCUGCAAUAUGUGUGGCCACAAUUAGAAAGGUGUUAUCCGAUGGCUAUCUCAUGAUUGGAAUUGAUGGUUCUGAGGCAGCAGAUGGAUCUGACUGGUUUUGCUUCCAUGCCUCCUCCCCUUCUAUAUUCCCUGUUGGUUUCUGUGAAAUUAACAUGAUAGAAUUAACUCCACCCCGAGGUUAUGCAAAACUACCUUUCAAAUGGUUUGACUACCUCAGGGAAACGGGUUCAGUAGCAGCUCCUGUGAAGCUCUUUAACAAGGAUGUUCCAAACCAUGGAUUUCAUGUUGCAAUGAAACUGGAAGCUGUGGAUCUUAUGGAACCUCGUCUAGUAUGUGUGGCCACUGUAACUCGCAUUAUCCACCGUCUGUUGAGGAUACAUUUUGAUGGCUGGGAAGAUGAAUAUGAUCAGUGGGUGGAUUGUGAAUCUCCUGAUCUCUAUCCUGUAGGGUGGUGUCACCUAACUGGUUACCAACUGCAGCCUCCUGCCUCACAAACAUCAAGGGAUAGCCAAUCAAGUUCAUCAAAACAGAAGAAAAAGUCUAAGUCACAACAGUAUAAAGGACACAAGAAAAAGAGGAAGAUACCAGUUGGGAAGAAGCCUGUCAGUUUGUCCAGCGUCCCCAUGACAGGUGCGGUACGGAGGAGCUUCUCUGGUGAUGAAGAGUUGACUCCUCCUCAGUAUCGAACCCUUCCAGCACAGCCAGCCCCGGAGGCCUGCCAGCCUCCCAGGACUAGCAGAGAGUUCAGUCCCAGCCUCAAAACAGCAGAACAAUGUGUAUCGCAAGGAAGAUGAUAUAGAACCAUGCUAAGACCGAAGUCAAGUGGCCUGUAUGUUUUAGUAAGGUUCCAAGUAGCAACUGAAAGUACUUUUGAGAUGUUAAAGCAGACUCUUCUGUGUUUUUAAAAGACGUUGACACAGACAUUAAUAAUGGAAGCUGCAAUACUGGAACAAAGCGAAGAUCAGCUGAACUUGCCAUCUUGUCAUCCAAAGUAAUACAAGCAUAGAAGGAUACAACAAUUACAGUAUAAACCAUUCCUAUGUCCCCUUCUUCCCAACCAUACUGUAGGAUAUUUUUAUUCAUCACCAGUCAUUUGAGACUGUAUUAAAACAGACUCCUUUGUAACUAUUUGUGCUUCUUAUUAAACUUCAUCAAUAUUACGUUUUGCUGCUCUGCUCCCUUAAUAUCAACAUUUUCUUUUCAAGCAGCUGCCAAUGGCCAUGCGUUAUAUCACAUUUUUAAAGAGCAGAGCAAUUAAUUUUUAAAAAACUGACUGAACUAGGUUUGUGUUAGCUAUACCAGAUAUAACACAUUUUCCAUUACAGGCCAUAUUUUGAUAGUUUGCUUCUGUAACCAUUAGUGGCUAUAUUCUUUUAGGUUUUGUAUGUUGGCCUAAUCUCUAGCUGUAAUGGUUUAUGUAGAUUGAGGACAUUGUGGAAGGAGGUAUUGGAUACCACCUUACAGCUCCGACAUUGGUUAUACAGUAGAAGCUUAGGAGCAGCAGCAGUGUCUCUUCCUAGUCACUGAUGGCCUGAAAGGGAAUAUGUGGGCAUAUUCUGACAACACUUGAGUACACUGGGGAAGAAGGUGCAACCUUAACUUUAGCGCCCCCCUCCCCCCCCCCCCCCCCCCCACACACACACACUUUCUUGAAGGCAAAUGGCCAGGUCUACCUACACAGUUGAUCAGGGGAAUGGAGGUGUGCUUGGGAGCCCUCCUCUGCUUUUGUAUGCCUAUGAUGGAAGUGAAGGCGGGGGGGGGGGGGGAAGCGUCCAUCAGGCCUGUAGCGAGGGGGCGGUUUUAGGGGUUCAAACCCCCCCUGAAAAUUUUCAGGUUAUAAAAAAAACCUGGUUUACUCAUGAAUUUUAACUGGUUAACCAAAUCCCCAUGCUAAGUCUAUGAGACACAAAACAUUAAGAGCCCCUCCAGGCACUAUCUCAAACAGAUAUUGACAGGUUUGUAGCGGGGAGGGGUGCGUGCUAGGGGUUAACCCCCCCCCCUGAAAUUUUCAAACCCCCCCCCCCCGAAUUUUUUUUCUGGCUACGGCCCUGGCGUCCAUCCCUACAUUCCUAUAGGGAUAGGGGAGAAGCUCACACUCUGCCAAAUAGGAUGAAUGUUUUGGUCCAGUGUUUAGAAAUAUGAACCACCGUUCUCAGAAUAGGCAUUUUGGAAUGUAAAUUUACUGAUGCCAAAUUUCAGUGACUCUUAAGAGUUUUUAUGUACCUUUCUGAAAGCACAAGGUAAUGUUUGUAUACAUACUGAUUACGUUUUUAUUUACUGAAUGGUUUCUCUUGGUGUCAUGAAAUAAUGCAGAAACAUCAUUCUCCAUUAAGUUCAACCGUUAGGGCAGAAAUAAACAUUUUGCCAUGCCUCUAGAAAAAGUAAAGAUGAGCAUUUUAACACAGAAAAGGGGUUCCAUCUCUGUAAAGCAGGAGUUCUCAAUUUUUUUAGGCCGCAGAGUCCUUUUUGAAGCAAAAGUUUAUUGUGGAGCUCCAAGAAAUGUUUAUAUAUUAUAUAUAUUAUAACAAUAGCGGCAGCCCCAGGAGCCAUCCAGUCAAAUCCCCUUCUGCCAUGCAGGAAAAGAACAAGCAAAGCACCCCCAACAGAUGGUCACCCAGCCUUUGUAGUAGUGGUAGUAGUAAUAAUAGCAAUAUAACAACAGCAGCAGAAACUCCAGGGGGCCAUUCAAUUCAGCUCCCUUCUGCCAUGCAGGAAAAGCACAAUCAAAGCACCACCUGAGCGGUGGGAGGAAAAUUGGGUUUUAGAAGCAAGCAAGAUGACAUGGAAAGGUUCUGGGCGGUGAUGAGGGUGACGGAAAGGCUUUUGGGGGCAAAGAAAAGAGCUUUUGGAGGCAGGGGAGGGGAAGAAGCAGGAAAGAGGAGAGAAAGCCUGGAGGGGUGGGAACUGUAGAGCCCCAGGGCCUUUGCAGAGCACACUUUGAAAACAGCUGCUGUAAGGCAAUGAUAGAAAACACAUUGACUUUGUCCUUGAAUGGAUUAUUACUUGGCCUAAGUAUGGGGGUUCUCUCAGCUAAUCUAAAAUCAAUGUACAGCAAAGAAAAAUGUGAAUUGCUUUUUGGAAAAUAUGCGGUGAAAGGGGUUUUUUUUAAGUAUCUCUAUUUGAUAUUACUUCUGCUCUUAGCAAUGUAGCAUAUUAGGGAAAGCUCAGUGGAAUUCUGUUGGUAAUAGGAGAAAGAGACAAUUUCUCCAGUAUUUAUUCCCAGUGCUACCUCCUUUGCUAUCCCGAGGAGUACUGCAGAGGUGCGAGUCAUGCAACCCUCCACAUGCUGUACAGUCCAACACCACCAGCGCAGUUGCUAGGACUGAAGUUCAGAAACAUUUGAGGGGCCAGAUUAUUCUUAUCCCUUAUGAAGAAAGCCCUAGGUUUAGGUCUGUAUCAAUAAUGGAAUGGUGCCACCCUACCCAACAUUCAAACUUUUUAUCUCAAUAUGAAAUACAUAUACAGUAGAGUCUCACUUAUCCAAGCUAAACGGGCCGGCAGAAGCUUGGAGAAGCAAAUAUCUUGGAUAAUAAGGAGGGAUUAAGGAAAAGCCUAUUAAACAUCAAAUUAGGUUAUGAUUUGCAAAUUUAUGUUGUAAUUACUGUAUUUAUGAAUAUAGCACCAAAAUAUCAUGAUAUAUUGAAAACAUUGACUACAAAAUGGCUUAGAUAAUCCAGAAGCUUGGAUAAGUGAGACUCUACUGUACUCUAAUCUGUCAAGGGUGAUUCGGGUAGAACCAGUGUUCUCUAUAACCAUCCUUUUCCUGUACUAGAUCCUCUUCAGUGUAAAAGGGAGAGGGGGGGAUGGGACUAGAACUACACUUAUGUUUAAUUGUGCCUAUGGGUGCACCAGUUUAGUGAUAUAUAUAUUCCACGUGCAGACUGUGGAUCUGGGCCAUUAUGUUCAGGGUAGAAGAGGUGUUCCUGUGCUAACAAACCAUAAGACUUCAUUUGUCCUAUCUUGGAAUGAUAUACUUUGUGCCUACAUGAGGGGGAACUUCAUUUAUAGCUAGUAGAUUUUUAUGUAGCCCUGUGGAAGAUGUUAUAUUAUGUUGAAAUUGGUGACAGAAUGGGAGAUAAAAUAGGCUUAUGAGAGAACGGAGCCCCCAGUGGUGCAUCGGAUUAAACCGCUGAGCUGCUGAACUUGCUGACUGAAAGGUCGGUGGUUCGAAUCCGGGGAGUGGAGUGAGCUCCUGCUGUUAACCCAGCUUCUGCCAACCAAGCAGUUCUAAAACAUGCACAUGUGAGUAGAUCAAUUGGUUACCUCCAGCGGGAAGGUAACGAUGUUCCAUGCAGUCAUGCCAGCCACAUGACCUUGGAGGUGUCUAUGGACAACGCCGGCUCUUCAGCUGAGAAAUGGAGAUGAGCACCAACUCCCAAAGUUGGACACGACUACACUUACUGUCAGGGAAAAACCUUUAACUUUACCUUAUGAGAGAACGGAAAGUCUUUUAUUGCACCCCAGAGAGAAAAUAUCAGCAUACCUCAGUUAACAAAGUUACUGAAAAAGAAGCUCCUUUUCACAUUUUUAAUGGUUACCCAGCCCCAAUUUUCUUCCUUUUCUUUUCACUAGUUGGAAGAAUUUUUAGUAGGAUUGACAGGGGACUGAGGAUGGUGAAGGGGGACUGAGUGACAGACUUGCAUUUCAGAUUGUGGAAGCAUGUGUGCAAUAAAAUCUAGAGCCAGGAAAGAACGGGAUUCUAAUCUAGACAGUCUUACUGUCAGUGUGUGCCUGCUUACAACAGUCCCUGGCCUCCAGAAUCAUGAAAGUAUGUGAAGGAGACACCCCUCCCCCCUAGCAUGUUAAAGAAACAUCUGUAAAUUUGGCUACCAGAAUGGAAAUUGUAAGGAAAGUAGGGGGUGGUGAAAGAAAAGAAAAUCACUGGGUGAAUUUUAGGGAGAAACCUUCAGGUUUACUUAGGUGUUUCUUUUCACAUGUGAAUGUUUUUAGCUUUGAAUAAAAAGUGUGAUGAAACACAUUGAACUGCUGAACCUACUCUUUCUGUGUAGUAUCUGUGUCUUGUACUAAACUUUCUGUUGAAAGUGUUAUCCAAGCACAUCUCUACUUUGCUGACUGAGGUAUUUCUGUAUAUUUCACUCAGUGACCUUGGGUAAAUCACACACUCUCAGGAACAGAGAGGCUAUGGCAAACAAGAUCUAAACAAACAUCUCUGGAAAACAACCCUGUGCUACCUUAAGUCACCUUAAGUUAGAAAUGACUUGAAGGGACACAAGAAAAAAAUACAUUGGAGUGGCAAGUUUAUGCACCUUACUUGAUCAUUAACCCAAUUUAAAUAAAAAAUGACUUUUGUGUAGACAUGUAUAGGAUCAUGCUCCUAUGUAAAAUCAGUUUUUUUACAAAGUUAUAAAAUAUUAAUCAUGGUAAUUUUUUUAAAUAAAAUCUCCAUGCUACCUUUUCUUUUUCUUUUCAUGGUCUCAUUUUCCAGUUCACUCCAUUAGUUUAGUGCAUUUCAUUAUAGGCACACAAUCUAAAUAUUUGCUUCUCAUUAUUAAAAUGUGGAAUGUCCAUAUAUUUUUACUCACAGAAGUAACAACCAAUUUUGGAGCAUUGCUGAAAGUUUCAGUGCCUGAAGUGAGAUAAAAUGUACCUUCAAACAUUCACUGGUGUUGGUUUUUUUAACCUCCUUUUUCAUGUCUAGUAUCUUCACUGCAGCUGAAGGAGGAGUUGCUAGAUGGAGAAGAGUACACUUUCCUUCAAGGAGCAUCUGAUCAGGAAAGCAAUGGGUCAGCCAGCCACUACAUCAAGCAAGAGCCCUAGGUGCAAAUCAGGGCAGGAUGGUACAAGGAGGAGUCUGACCGAACUUCCCAUUCUGAUGAUAACAGUUCAAUGGCUUCUACUUAAGGGCACUUUGCUAACUGCAGAAAAGAUUUCAAUUAUGGAUUUUUGGAGGAUGAGGAAACUAUUUUAAUGGGGGAAAGAAGAUUUUUCAAUUUAUUAAAGUUAACACUUUUGUGUUGUAUUUGAAGCUUUUCAAAGAAUUUUUGUAAUAUUUUCAAGUUCAGAUUUAUUGUGCAUUGUUUAAAAAUGAGAUUCUAAUUUUUGGUAAAAAAAAUUAAAAGCUUAAUUAUAGCAAGAUUGCAGGAAACCAUUUGAAGAAGGUGAGGUAGUAUGGUGGAAAACACAAAAGAACUGCUUGCAAAUAAGUGAACCUUCUGGUACAAGCUGGAAGAGUCUGGAUUUUAAAGCUACACUAAUCGCACCCUGUCUUUUCCAGAAUUACAUCACAAGACUCAAAUUUUAGAGUGGUGAAUACAUAUCAAAAUAAGUUGAGGGAUAGAGAAGAAUAUCUCCUGGAAGUGGCAACAUAAUUGAUGGGAGUCUGCUUCAGUUUCUGGAUAAUUAUGCUUUGUUCCCAUCCUUCUCAAAGUCAUCAGCUCAUGGACUGGAAACACUUGUUCAUACUUCUAUGUUCUUGAGAUACCCAUGCAAAUGAUCAGCAAAGAUUCAACUAAAGCAGUUAUCCAAUGACAUGAUUUUGGGACUUUUUGUCUUGUUCAAGAAAAGGGAGACAGACUCAAAUGGCCCUUUUGAAAACUAAAAUGUUAGCAGAUUUGACUUUCUGCCUGGUGGAAGAUAUUGCUACUGAAGAGGUAACGACAGAGGAGAAAGACAGACGUCUGCUUGGGACACAGCAUUCUUCUCUCACCCCAUUGGAGAUCCUCUCAUCUUGUUAUGAAUUGAGCUAACUUGCCUGCAGAUGGCUUGGGCCCUGCUUUCAGCGUUAUAUUUUCUGUGAUUUGGCUGUUGGUGUUGUUACCAUGCGAAACAUUUUCAAGAGUUUGUAGUGACUUCUGAGAUAAUGAUACUAAAUGACCUGGGAUUUUUCCAAGAGAGUUAACUCUCUAUGGCUGUUAACCGAGGGCUUCAUUCACAGAAUUUAACAUGCUGACAUUUCCACUCUGCAGUAUUGUGACAGGAUGAUGUGUGUCAAAAGAGUUUUGCUUUUACCAGUAAGGUUCAUUAACUAAACUCUCAGGAAUUAACUUCUUAUGUUCUGUAACUGCUUCUGGGUCGUAGUAAGUUCUCCUUAGAGCAGUGUCAUUCAAAUUCUUGACUCUUUAAGGUAAAAGUUAGAAAAAAUUAAUCCUGUAGAUUAAUCUCUACACUCUUUAAAACUAAGGCAUUCUGACUAGCAACUUACAAAGCCCCAGAAACAAUUUUUGGCAUAUAAAGGUUUUAAAAAGCGCAUAGAAAGUUUGAAAACCAGCAAUUUUGAUUCUUUUCUUGAUUAUCUUGCUCUAUUGUUGGGUAUAUACCAUUGGUGAUAUGCAAAGGUUUACCACAUUCUAUGCAAGAGGGGAUAAUGGUGUAAAAUUUUGUAGUAACUACUGGAAGUACAUUUUUUCUGUAUAGUAUAGGAAUGUAUGGACUGUUUCUAGCCAUUUUUUCAUAUAGCUGGGCCAUUUUUGACAACUGCUUCAUAUAUACAUAUUUUUAAAACUGAGUAUCAGGUGUCAAAUACUUGUGAAUUUAGGUGACUAUUACAUUUGUUUCUUAAAAGAUUGUGUUUGUGAUUCAGAGGAAUCAGGAGAGAUCUGGUCUUGGCUAGGCUAGCCUUUUCUCUUGGGUAGAAUGCCCUUUACCUUCUACAAAUGCCGCACUGCAACUAUUUUUUAAAAAAGCUUUUCAGUUUGAAAAGCAGCUCAUAAUGUCACAAAGAGCACUGCUCUUGAAGGAGGAGUGCAGAAGGCGCACAUUCAGUACACUAAUUACAACCAAUGUUUUCAAAAAAUCUAGUCAAUUUUAUCUUAAGACAGUGGUUCUCAACCAGUGGGUCCCCAGAGGUUUUGGCUUUCAACUCCCAGAAAUCCUAACAGCUGGUAAACUGGCUGGGAUUUCUAGGAGUUGUAGGCCAAAACACCUGGUGACCUACAGGUUGAGAACCACUGCCUUAAGAUCUCUUCCAAUGGACUGCCUAUCUUCUUUCUUCUGUAACAUUUCUACUUGAGAACAGUAUUUCUUGUAAGGCAGUGCUUCCCAAAACAAGGAUGACCCUUACAUAAUCCCACCAUGUUUAGGGGUAGAAUGACCCAAAAGGCGAACUGUGAUUUUAGAAAGAGUUAGGAUUAAAACAUGCAGUUCAUUAUCCUUCCCUUCUUAAGGUGAGAUUCUGUUAGCCUUGUCUACACAUAAUAAAGAUGAUAAACUCCAUGCAGAAUUGGCAGCGUGAGGACUGUAGUGCUCAAGAGCUGGCGCAUGCUACUUCUGUUUGUUACUGAGAGUUUAUCUUCAAAGGACUCGAUUAGCAAUUGCACAAGUAUUUCUUCUGAUUUCAGUAGGGACCAUCUGCAUACCUAAUUCUUUGCAAUGUGAAAAAGAGAAAGAGCUUUACUAGUGUCCCCUUUCAUGAAAAAUAGGCCAGCAUGAAAGCUUGGACUUAAGUAUAGCACUUUAUUCAUCAUAAAAUUCAAAUUUGAGCUAGAACCAUUACAGCACACCAUUUAAGUUGUUGCCCCCCUUUUUCCUGACACAAUGUUGCAUCUUCAACAUUUGCCUGAUGGGCAGAAAUGAAUAAGGUUCAGCUUUUCUCUUCACUGCACAUUUUAUGCCAAGAAAACUUUAUCAACUAAAUUUUUGCCAGCUAUGUGACUGUCAAAAGGCAUGGGCCUUUGUCAAGAUCAAAUGUGGCAGCGCUCCUUCUACCUCUGUUGAACAUGGCAGCUCCUGGAAAAUAUAUAGCCACACUUAAUCUGUGCCACAUUCAUCCAGAACAUGAACCUCAACCAGUCUCAAAAUAUCCUGCCAGACCUAAUAGACUUGGAAUCAUGCUGCUGCAUGAUCAUCUUAAUUUUUGUUACAUUGUUAGUCCUCAGGUUUUUGAAGAUAGGUUUGCAUAUUUAUGUCAAAUUUGCAGCACUGCCAAUCUUUAUAGCUUUGUUCCAUUUCUGCUUUGGGGCAGGAUAAUACAUCCUGAUAUAAGGGUGUGUGUAUGACAGAAAUUCGAAGUAUGGAAACUCACUUCUGUUCAUAAAGCGGCUUUUAAUGUAAAUGCCAUGAAGCUUUCUCAAAUGAGCCCUUGUUCUAAUUUAGUUGCCUCAGUUCUUUUUGUUCAGUGUUGAGACUAAGCAAUGCUUUUUUGUGGCCUCUUUAACACAGCAGAUGAUUGGAUGAUGGUGGGCUUUCUUAGUACUGGUUCAGUUGCUUUUGUAUGCAUGCAUUUAAUUUUAAGAACUGUCUCUUUUUAUUUUACUGUGAACAAAUUACACAGGUCAGGAGGAUGUUAAGAUAGGGAGUUGGCCAGGUGGUUGAAGCCAGUACUGAUGCUAAGGGCCAGCUAAUAAGCUCAGUAUUAGGCACAAGGUGUGAUUUUUUUUAAAGGCACCACAGACAAGGUUAGUUACAAUGUAAGUGCUCCUUCCUUCUACAGCUAAAAUUUUUACAGCUGACAGUUAUUCAUGUUUUGCAUUUUCUUGCUGAAUCUGAGGAAAGCAAGAGCAGUUAUCAAGUUCUUGUUCUAUUGAUACUAACACGGGUUUCAGUGUUUGUUUGUUUUUAUUGUUGUCAUUUUUAUGUGAUGUGAACACCUUUUCCCAUCAAUAUUUGUAUUAUUGGUGCUAAUAUAUUUGGAAACAAUCCUUUAUUGGAAAGGGAUUAAAACUGUGAUUAAAUUGAUUUGUUCUUUUUAAUUUUCAUAUUUAAGUAAGGCCUCUGCCAUUUAUAAAAAAAGAGAAAAAAAGUAUCAACUUCUGCUUGGGAAAACUCUUUCAGGGCAGAAGUUUUUUUUAAAAAAUGAUUAGGGUUUUUACAUCAUUUCUGUAUGUAUUUGAUAUAUAGAUCAAUAUCUGUAUAAAUUUAAUCUUUUAUUUUCCUGGUAAUGUGUGGUCAAAUGGGAGCAUUUUAAAGCCUCUAAUGAAAUGUAAAUAACUCAGUGAAAAAUGCUUUUGAAAAAAAUUAAUGUUACUUUCAUUUUUACCAGACUGCAGAUUUUCAAGCAUGGAUGUGGGAAAAACAUUAAAGAUAUAACUUUGUGUACAAGAUGAAAAUAAUUCACUAAAUUUGCCUUUUUUACACAGAAUAAAAUGUUAAAGUAAA